AUGGCUGACAAGAUGGAUCGCGGUCUCGAUGAGAUCAUUGCUGAUACUCGCUCCAAUCGACCUCGCAACAACCGUGGACAAGGUCGCCGACGUGAACCGCGUAACGAUUUCCCUCGCGAUGGUGUUAGAAAGGUGGACUUCCCUCGCUCUCCAAUGAUGCCUACUCGACCUGUACAACCCUCCUCGCAACUCAUCCUUUCGAUGCUCGGAGCUCUUUCUGUUCGCGACGAUUCACGAAACAUCGACAGUGAAUGGGUCCACGACCGUUUCGAAGAGAACAGCAACCGCCGGGCACCUGCUCCUCGCCGUCGCCGCGAGUCCCCAGAACAAGAUUCCAAGGGCACAAAGAUCCGUGUUGCAAACAUUCACUACGACCUUACCGAUGAUGACCUCUCUGAGCUCUUCCAACGAAUUGGGCCUGUCAGUCGUCUCCAGCUACGAUAUGAUCGCGCUGGACGAUCUGAGGGCACUGCCUUCGUGACCUAUGAACGAAGAGAGGACGCCGAGGAGGCGGUCAAACAAUUCGAUGGUGCCAAUGCUAACGGCCAACCUAUUCAAUUGACUCUUCUGCCCAACCGAAACCCAUUUGAUACUGCCGUUAUGCCCGGCCGUUCAUUGGCAGAGCGUAUUUCGAGCCCAGGAGACAGAAGAUCGCAUUCACCCCACCGCCGACGCGAUGACGAUGACGCCGCCCGAAGGGGAAUUGAUAGAUAUGUUCCCGGUCAAGGCUCUCGCCGAAGCCCAAUGCCUCGAGGCCGUGGCCAAGGCCAAGUUCAGGGCCGGGGCCAGGGUGGUCGCCGUCCUGGUGCUCGACGUGACGGCAGAGAAGGAGGUAGAGACCAGGAGGGAGGCCGAGGUGGCCGAAGCAACCGCGCUUCCAAGAAGACACAGGAGGAACUUGAUGCUGAAAUGGCCGACUACUUUGGCGGAGACAGCGCGCCGGCAGAGCCCGCUAACCAGCAAGAUGCACCUCCUGUUCAAGCACCCGCAGCCGUGCAGCCUCAAGUACAAGCUGCCACUGACGAUAUCGACAUGAUCGAGUAG